AGCCCGUGAGAUUACUUGACCCGCGAGGGGCGCCGAAGGAGAGGCGGGGUGGAGGCCGGGCCUCGCUCCCUUCGCAGGCCCCACUGGCCGGGCCGCGUUGCCGUGACGACGAGGCAAGCCCGCGCCCUCCGCCUCGCCUUCCCCGGCCCUCCCACCGCCCAGUGAGCCGCAAACAUGGCAGCGGCCGCCCGGAGACUCCGCGCUACGGUGGUAGCGGCGGGGAGGGAAGGUCCCAGGUGAGCCCCGCUUCGCCUCUCUUUUGCCGAGGAGGGACAGGAGGCUGGACGGAGGGGCUGGCGCGGCGGUGGCCAGCCUCGGGGGUUGGCUUCAGCAUCAGGGAAUAAAUAAGACGGGGCCCCCAUAAAGCCGCUUCUCCUCCCCUCCCCCUUUCCCCCUUGCCAUCCCCUGAGAAUGUGGAAACUCAACAAGACUGGCAAAGUUCUCCUGGAUGAUUCUCCAGAGGAGGAAGAGAGCCAUGCACAUGAUUCUCCACCUUCACCAGCAGCCACCUUUUCAGCCCAGAGCAAGGAUCCAUUUCUUCAUGAUGAAGUUUCAUCCUCUGUUUCACAAAUUGCAACAAAGGUUCAGGGAGCAGGUUUUCGGGGCUGGAAGGAAGUAACCUCUAUAUUCAAUAAGGAUGAUGAACAGCAGUUGCUAAAAGGAUGUAAAUCUCCAAAAUCUAAAGGAGCAAGUUUAAAAUUAAAAGAGGACAUGAAGCCAGAAAAGAAACCUGGAUUUUGGGACAAUUUGGUUAUCAAACAGAACAUCCAGUCAAGGAAACCAGAUGAAAUUGAAGGAUGGGAACCUCCACAGAUUCCUGCCAGUGACCAUCUCAGCGAUGCAGGAAAUACUUUAAGUGACUUUUCAUCUUGGUCAGGCUGGGAAGAUGAAACCAAAGGCUCCACAAAAUACACAAAUCUGGCAAGCUCGGCUAAUAGUUCCAGGUGGAGUAUCAAGUCUGCAGGAAGAUUGGUUAGCAUUAGGCGACAGAGCAAAGGUAAUCUGGCCGAUAAUUGGGAAGAACUAGAAUGAUACACAGAAUGUGUAAUGUUCUAUACAUUUAUGGUAGGUGACAUGAUUCACGUAUGUCUUCAAACCAAAAUCAAAUCUGCUUAAUAUUGCACCUUUUUACAGAGCUAUUGUUCACUUUACUACAAAUGUCCUGGUACUUUGGUUUUUCACACUGAACAAAGCACCUGAUUUGUGCCUCUAUUUUACUCAGUUGUACUGGCUAGUAUCUUGGUUUGUUCUUUGAAAUAUAGUGAAUGUAUAACCAGUUGAAUAUUCAACUGCCUUACGUAAGGACUUCAUUAGUUUGAAGUUCUGCAUUUUCUAAUGUUUGGAUAUCAUAAGUUUGUACUUUGAAUGCUGUUCUCGUUAUGCAGAGGUGCUAAUUUGCAUCUCUUGAUAGCGGAAUAUCAGCUUUAUACAUUGUUUUUCUUAGCCAUGAAAGCAGGAUUCUCAGGCUAGAGCAUCACAAAUACUGCAUUUUCCAAAAUACUGAAUCAUAAAUGAAGUGUGAAAGCUGUACACUCACAUGCUUUUAUAAUUCUGUUAGAAGGUGUUUAGAGAUAAGUAGAACCAGGCUUCUACAUAUUGUGUUGACUAAUCUGCCAUACAGCUAAAACAAGUUUGUCAUUAUAGGUUGUCAACAAAGCUGAGGCGGCAAUAAAGGUCCUGUUCAUCCAUUCUCUAGGUGUUGUAAAAACCAACACAAAAUAGCUUCCACAUGAUUCAGCUUCACAUUGCAGCAGCAGCAGCAGCAGCAGCAGCAGCAGCAGCAGCAUAAACAAGGCUCACUCAGUUUCAUAGUCAUGUAGAUUGCUUGGGUGCCCCCCUUGCCAGCACUAUUUCUGCCCAGGGUCUUUGCAUGUGUCAAUAUUGCACUGUGGAUCCUGAAGUGGGUUUUCGGCAGCUGCUGCAUUGUUUAGUAUGAAUCAGGCCUGAGCUUCAGAAAAUAGUCUAUGCAGAAACCUCUUUCCUCAGUUUGGAGGCCUGUUUGUCAACCUUUGUCCUCAUUCUUCUUCAGCUACUUGAUUUUGUGUUCUUACCUAACACUCAAUGAUGCUCUCUUAGUGCAUUUUCAGGGUUAUCCAGGUUAAUGUUCAGUCUGUACUGUGUUCAAGGGUAAUUUUUAGUCUGAGUGUUGUCAUUGUAAGGUUCAGUCUUGCUGGUUGCUGCUAACUUUCUUUUUAUUACUAAAAAUGAGCUAUGCAUUAAAGUUCACGUAAAAGAUUA